AGGCGCAAACGUCUCCUCGGUGCGAAUCACAAUUACGCACAUUUGCCCGGACUUACAUCUGUCUUCUACUGGGGUCUUUCCUUGUCAAACCGUGCCGCUGCAACUCCAAACUAGCUCGUUAGUGAGAUGCUGGCAAGGUUUUGACAAGAAUCGAGUUCUGCGACUGCAUCGUGGUACUUGACAAUCCCAGACUUGCAAGUUCAUACCUCUAAAAUAAAUUUUAUUGUUGACACCAGGCUACAUGUGGCGUGCGAGACUCUUCAUGCGCGAUACGCCCUAGUCGCACGGUCUAAUGACGAAGCUGUCGUCAACGCGUAACUGCCACUGAUAUCCCGAAAGGCCGCAAGGUUUAAGGAAAAUGGUGCUCAUUAUAGUCGGUCUGGGCCUCUCGGACGAGAAAGACAUAACUAUCAAAGGGCUCGAAGAGGUCAAAAAUGCAGAUUUCGUGUAUCUGGAGGCCUAUACUGCUGUACUAGGGGUCGGGCCCCCGAAGCUGGAGGAAUUUUUCGGGAAGAAAAUUAUUGAAGCUGACAGAACGUUCGUGGAGCAAGGAAGUGAUGAAAUGCUCGAACGAGCGCUUUCUUCAAAUGUUGCAUUCCUAGUCGUGGGAGAUCCCUUCUGCGCAACGACUCAUGCCGACCUAUACCUCCGCGCACGAAAGAAGAAUGUGACUGUCAGAGUUGUCCACAACGCUUCCAUCAUGAACGCUAUCGGCUCUUGUGGACUCCAGCUUUAUAGGUUCGGAGAGACCGUGUCCAUCCCCUUCUUUGAAGAGUCUUGGCGACCGGACAGCUUUUACAUGAAGAUCAAGAAGAACAAAGAAGCAGGCUUCCAUACACUCUGUCUUCUGGAUAUCAAAACGAAGGAGCAGAGUGUGGAAAAUAUGAUGAGAGGACGACAAAUCUAUGAGCCACCUAGGUUCAUGAGUGUGGAAGCAGCUGUGCGACAGUUGCUUGAGGUUGAGGACAAGCUCGGUGGAAAAGUCUGCCCGAGAGAUGCGAAGGCUUUCGGCUUGGCUAGAAUCGGAGCUCCAUCCCAGCAGAUAACAUCAGGCACCCUAGAGGAACUGCUUUCUGUCGACUUUGGUCCCCCUCUUCAUUCGUUGGUUAUUUGUGCUCCAACGCUCCACGAGAUGGAAAGAGAAUUCUUCGAGUUGUUCAGCGGCAAGUCUGCUGCCAAGGUUUAG